AAAAUUUCAUAUACCUGUGUGGAUAUAUAUAUGUGCGGAUGUAUAAGUAAUGAAACCUCGGUAUGACCCUACCUGUCUGUCGAGGGAUUAUUUUUAGAGGGGAUAAAUCUGGAUCAGCAUAGCACCACCACUACAGGUGUGUAACUAAACACUAACGAGCUGAAUUAAUGAAUGGUGUUAAUUACCAGUCUGUAUUAAUGGUAUAGACAGGUACAUCCUGUGGAUAGCAUAUACAGGACUUUCAAUACAACAAUCGUUUUCACCUGGACAGCUAUGGGAUGGCUACACUGACAACAAGUUACCUGCAGGCUAUUUUUGGACGUAUGCUCCAUUGAACAUAUUCGGGAAUGAAUAUGUACUGUAUAAGGACGGCAGCCAUGUUGGAAUAAGAUAGGUCAGUGAAACGCUCUUAUCUCACCUGAACAACUUGUACAGUUAUAACUGUAGGUGUGUUAUUGUUUACUGGAAACAAUAGAUAGAUCUCUACACUUAGUGACAUCUGUUUGUGUGUGAAUACUCUGUAUGUCAUACCUGUGUGUGAUAUACCUGGACAGUACCUGUGUGAUUAGGAGUUGUGAAUCAUGCCUGACUCAGGUUUAACAAUAUGGCAGAGCAUGGCAGAUUUACGUACGAUAGUAAUGAAGAGGAUUGGGAUAUACCUGUUCUAGAAUACAUCAACUCCCAGCUAGAAAGCUACCUGAAGAUGUUGCCGGGAGGCGUUGACCUGACGUUGAGCGAGCUGCAGGAAAUGGCGUCGCGUCAACAACAGCAGAUUGAGCACCAACAACAGGUCCUGGUCGCCAAGGAACAACGCCUCAAGUACCUCAAACAACAGGAGGCUCGUCACCAGCACAUGGCCGCUGAAAACGACAGACUCAAGAAACUGCGGGAAAAGGUUGAAAAUCAAGAAAUGAAGUUGAAAAAGCUGCGAGCUCUGCGUGGAGAGGCUGAGAAAUAUAAAAACACGAAUGGAUCAAUCAAUUCCGAGUUGGAGAGUGUAAAAUCCCUGUUCAGUGAGAAGGAGAAAGAACUGGUCAUGGCUGUAGCCAAAGUGGAGGAGCUGACUCGACAACUAGAAAAGGUCCAACACGACAAGGAAUCCGUCAACAAGACAGCUGGUCAAAGUGCGGCCAAACUCGAACUGGACAAACUCAAAAAGGAACUCAUGGUAAGUUGUCAAGAUGAGGAAAUAUCAAAAAUGGACAACCGAAUAUUGGAGUUACAACAAAGAUUGAAAAAGAAACGUGCCCAGCAAGCCGAUCAGCAGAAAAAACAAUCUAAUCAACAGUCGGAUAACAAAUCGGGGAACAAAGCAACGCGGAACAAUGUGGCUGCUGUGGAACCCUAUGUACAAAUCGUGCCAAAAGACAAACUCAACGGAAAUGUUGAUUCUACUUUUCAUAAAAUGGAUCCUAAAUAUCAGUCGUUACCUGUGAGUUCAAAGUUUGUGAUGAAUUUGUCUGAUGAAAACUCCAAAAAACCUCUUAAAGGUGUCGAAAAUGUGCAUGAACCUAACAACAAUAACACAGACAUGAAAGGACCCGCAGAGUCUAGGACAACGACGAUAAAAAAUGAUUCCAAAACUGUGCCAAAAGAGAAUGGGCAUGUCCCAUCGGAACAUGUUUACAAGGAUUCAGGACACACUCCGGCAUCACAACCUCAGUAUUCAACAAGGCAAGGAAAACAUCCGCCCCCGAUCCCUGCUCGGGCAGGUACAACAAAUUUAACAUAUCUUACGCCAAGGCCGUUUGGGACAACCUACAGUACGUCUGUCCUUAACAGGGGCCCAGGGGACCAACAGGGUGGCCCUACUAUUACCAUCGCAGAGGACAUACGGACUGGGGGCAGUGGUCAAAGCUCGCCAGCUUCUAGUGACAGUUCUCUGAAGGAAAACAGUGCUUAUCCUUCCGACCACCAAUCUACAAAUCAUUCGGAGAAACAGAAUCCUGUGCUAAAUGGAACAAAUCAUAUCACUAAUAAUAAUAACAACAAUUCACAUCAUAGGGGGCCAAAUAAACACCCACCCCCCUACCCAGGGGGUUCUGUGCCCCCAAAUAAGCAUCAAGGGGCUCCCCCUCCUUACCCCCAUGUGCAGCAGAAUGUACGUUCUUGUGAUCAAACAGAUUCCAUGAAGGACACAAACAGUAAUAAUGGAUCAGAUUCCUCCCUCAAUAGUGAUUCCGGGAACGGUUCUAAACAGCAGCCCAAAUAUAAAUAUGCUUCCAAAAACGUGAUAGCCAACACCUACAUGGGCAAGCUUGGUCCAGAGGCCUUAAAAAAAUACCAACAAAAUAUACAGAUGAUGUAUACAAAUAUUUCUAAAAAGGAUGGUGGGAAAACAAACAAAGGUAAUGAGGAUAAAUCUCACACAGAAUCAAAUAAACCAAACAGUGCUCAGUCACCACCGUCAGCCUCCGAAUCACUGUCACCACCAGCCAACUCACCAAAGGGAGGUAAAUCUAGUUCAUCUCCGACUUCUCCACAGUACCCUGACCUCGCUUCUGACAAGGCCAGUCACAAUCGACACACGCAUAAACACGUAAACCUUCGCCGACGACACUCCGACAGCGACAACGAAGACAUCACGAAAUUACUUCACAAGUAUGUGGACCGUUACAAGAACCAGUCGGGCCACACGCCCCAGGAGACGGGGGAGGGACUUCACAUAGGGGGCUAUGACACUCAAGCCACGUCCUUCCAGGACCAGGUCCCCGAGGACGUCCCUGUGGAUGGAAUGGGUAACCUGAUCGACGUUUCAGACAAGGUGAAAACGGGGGACGGCUCGGAUGGAAGUAAAUCUUCUAGUCCCGUCAGUGUACAGGUUGUUACUUCAGAUCAAACUGUGUUGAAGAAAAAGACGAACUUGAAGAGUCGUAACUCUAAAAAGUCCGGGAACCGCGUGAGCUUUGAUCCUCUGGCCCUCCUACUGGACUCCUCAUUGGAGGGGGAGCUGGAGCUGGUGAAGAGGUGUGCCAGUCAGGUACAUGACGUGAGCGAGCCGAAUGACGAGGGAAUCACUGCCCUACACAAUGCUAUCUGUGCAGGCCAUUACGCCAUCGUUAAAUUCCUGGUGGAGUUUGGAUGUGAUGUCAACUCGCCUGACAGUGACGGCUGGACGCCUCUCCACUGUGCAGCCUCGUGUAACAAUCUGCCCAUGGUGAAGUUUCUGGUGGAGCAUGGGGCCUGUAUCUUCGCCACGACCAUCAGUGAUCAAGAGACUGCUGCCGAGAAGUGCGAGGAGGAAGAGGACGGCUUCGAUGGCUGUUCUGAAUAUCUAUACAGUAUUCAGGAGAAACUGGGGAUCAUGAACAAUGGAGUUACGUGGGCAGUUUUUAGUUACGAGGCUGUAAACAGCGAUGAACUGAGCUUCGAUAUUGGGGACGAAAUUGUGAUCUUGAGAAAGGGCGACGAAAAAGAAAAAGACUGGUGGUGGUCCAGGAUGGUCAAAAAGGAAGGCUACAUACCAAGGAAUUUACUAGGGCUUUAUCCUCGCGUAAUACCACAAGUAGGGGAGUCGGAGAGCUGAGACGAGGAAAGUCAAAAUAACAAUUGCAAUAUAAUUGCUAAGUGCUAAAUGAUAAUAGGGCCACAGAAAGCAGAUCUUGAUAGGGUGCUGAUCUUGGUUUGGCAGGCAAACCUGUCUUCACAACAUAACAUCGUACUGUGAACAUAUGAAGGGAUCCAAUCAAUCAAGGAUAUUAGCCAUUGUUACAUUUAUCAACUAUAUCAGACAUAAGUUUCUCUUUCUGCAAUUUGAUGUUUAAAAAAUGAAAAUCAUCGAUCAAGAGUUUCUAAAAGCCAGUGAAUUGUCAGUUAUUUUUAUAUAUUUUUGUAAAAAAACUGACAAUCCUCUAGAGAAAAUUUUCAGCUAGAAAAGUAAAUGAUUGUAAAUGGUAAUAUUUCCCUUCAAACCAAAACGAAUUUAAUUUAAAUUAAGGCAAUACUUUGUACUAGAAAAAGGCUAUUUCUAGUUGAAACACAUUACCAAGAAUGCAUCAAAGAUCUGCUUUCAAAUUUUUCGUUUCGAAAACUUUCGAUAUGUUUCAAGUUGUAGAUGACGAAUGUGACUUGAAGAGUAUUUAUUCAUUUAUGUUAAAUUAUUGGAGCGAGAAAUAAUAAUGACGGAGUGUGUGUGUGUGUGGCUGACAGCGACAGUGCUGUCACGUCAAGUAAUAGUGCAAUAUCUUAUGUUGUAAAUAUUGUACAGAAAAUCUGUUAUAUUCAUUCCACUUAAAACUUAGUAUUUUUCUACUUUGAGAUAGAUCCAUAAUGUAUUAUGUUUAUCGACCCUCAUUAGUGUUGUGCUUAUGUUACUUGUUUUUUAUUUUCUAAAAAACAUCCAAUGUUCAUUUAUUAUAUUCAUUAUUUAACAAUUAUAUUCUGAAUCUCUGUAAAACCAGAAAAACUGAGAGAUUUUAACUCCAUAUACACAUUGUACAACAGCAUUACCGAUAUACUAGAAUACUUGUAUUGUUUUGCUAUAUAAAAAGAUUUUAAAAUCACUUCUUAAAAGUGGAAUAUUGAACUAUAUCUAUAGUCCAUGUAUUUGCAAAGUUCUUAAAAUAUCUUAAACAUUGCACUUUUUUUUUUUCAUUUGAUAGGUUUAAAACAAUUUUCUUAGUUCUUUUGAAAGUUUGAAAAUGAAAGGUAACAAUUUUCUUAGAUUUUUUGAAAGUUUGAAAAUGUAGGGUUCAAUAGGGAACAUUCAUUAGGACCCUUGUUACUCCUCACCUUGAAUUUUUACAAUUUGAAAAUUUCAUCAUAAAAAGGGUGCUAUUUAAGAUAAACAUUGAUUUCUGUGCCAUUUGAUAAGUUUCACUUUCAAUUACAUUGAAAAUUCCAUAAAAUUUUUGUUUAUGGAAGAAAACUUUAAGAACUUACUGAAUGCAAUUUUAUUGACUAAUUUUUUCGAUAUCUUGAAGAAAUUUUGUGACAUGGGCAGAUUUAUAUUGUAGAUAGAAUAAGGACGCUGAUGUUCUGAACAAUGGUGAAUACAUGUGAUGGUGCUUGCUACAUUCUUUCUACAUAUUUUCAUUGUAUACAAUAUAUAUUUAGACAUCAGUUAUGUACUGAAGUACAUGAUAACUUUCUCUACAAGUAUUUCUUAGUAUUAAUUGUGUAUACAUCAUCAGAAUUGUUGAUGCCAGUAUGAUAUUUGUAAAACAAAGAAAAUAGAUAAAAUUUUCUGAAACUA